ACACUAACCAGCACACAAAGAGACGUACACACUAACUAGCACACACACACACCUGCGAUAAAAGUGUGAAAGACCCUCAGUCGGUCGAGGGCAAGAUCGCUCUUUGCUGUCAGCGGCCAAAAAGACAAAGGCAACAAACCAACGACCAACAACAACCAGUCUACUAGCUAGCUACUGCACUAGCUAGUGUUGUGUUUAUUUGAUAGUACGAUACCAUGGCAGACCCAGCAGCAGUAGUACCAGUAGGAAACGAAGGGGAGAGCGAUGAAGAACGCCGUCGCCGUGAACAAGAAGAGGCGAUGGAGCGUCUGUUGUUGCAACAAGAGCAAGAGCAAGCAUGGCAAGACAACCUCCUCCAAGACAACGACGACGACCAUGCGCCACAUGACCAUCAUCACGAGGAUCAUCCGGAACCACCGGCCAUGAUGAAUAAUAAUGACAACAACAACAACAACCAUGACAUGAUGCCUCCUCCUCAAUCAUCAUCCAGUAGUCCAGGAUUAUUGCGCAGUUUGUCGUAUACACAAACGUCGUUAUUCGCGGCACUGCUGUUGGUGUUUUAUGCGCUGCGGACGCGUCAACAAUGGUACUUGGCACUGGUCUACAUUCGAUCCAGCAAGGCCGCCUAUAUUAUUUUGGCGAAUGCAUUGAUUGCCACGUGUGUCGGUGUCUUUCGCGCCGUUACCAAAACCUUUUUGGGAGGAUUGCGAUUGCACGAAGCCGAAGGCGUUGGAGAUUUCUUUCGUUGGAAUGUCACCGAGACGUGUUUGGCAUUGACCAUGUUUCGCAGUGAAUUGACCGUUUCCAAUGGCAUUCUAUUCCUCAUUCUCGUACUCGCAAAGUGUCUGCAUUGGGUCGCUGAUCUACGAGAAGGACAUUUGCGCGUCACGGAAGAAUCCAUUGUGGUGGGGGCACCCGGUUCCAUCUGGCAAGGAUGGCCCGUACUUCAGUGGCAACAUGCCAAAUUGUGGUUCUUGCUCAUUCUAUUGCAAGUACUCGACAUUUUCGCCGUACAGUGGACGGGAAAUGAUAUACUGACGCAUGGACCCUCGGUAUCCAUUCUAUUUGGGUUUGAAGCCGCUAUUCUACUAGUGUCCGCGUGGAACAAUCUAGUACUCUGGCAUUUGCAUGCACUCGAUGGAUGGAUGCACUAUUUGCACGAACAAACCACGCCCGAUCAACGCAUGCAUCGAUGGAUACAUCCGUGGAAAGAACACAAGGCCACAUUCACAUUUGCCGUCGAAGUCCAGGCACAAGCACUCAAAUUCCUAUUCUACGUCAUUUUCUUUGCCAUUGUAUUGACAUACUACGGAAUGCCCAUCAACUUGUUCCGAGAAGUAUACGUGUCAUUCCAGGCACUCAAACAACGAUUGGUAGCAUUCGCCAAGUACCGAAGACUCAUGGCCAGUAUGAAUCGAUUCCAGUCCGUUACCGAAGACGAAUUGGAAGCGGCAGGACGCGAUUGUAUCAUUUGUCGCGAUGACAUGACCAUUAAUGAUUGUAAAAAACUGCCGGGGUGUGGACACAUUUUUCACAAAUCCUGUCUCCGCGAAUGGUUGGUCCAACAACAGACGUGUCCCACGUGUCGAGGAGAUAUUUCCGCCAUGGAAGCACAAGCGGUCGCCGAAGCGGCGCGACGUGCUGCGGCGGAAGCGCGGGCUGCACAAGAAGAGGAAGAAGAAGAAAUGGAAGCAGAAGAAGAAGAGACACCAGAAUCACACCCUGCACAGGAAACAACCACAACCACUGAACAUCACGAAAGUCAUACCACCAAUCCACCACCACCACCACCCGUCGUGGAAGAACAGUCACCCUUUCCAGCACUAUAUCGAGUCGUCAAGGACGAAGGAGCAGAUGUAUGGGAUGAAGCACACACAGCGGUCGGUCGGACGGUUCCAUUUGGGGUCGUCGUACUCUGUCAAGCGCUUCAGUGGAAACAGGAAGUGGGAUUCAUGAUGCAGGUGCCCGAUGGAUGGGUUCACGAAGAUACCGUGGUGCGAGUGCGAACGCUGGGAGCUUUUUUCAACAACAACAACAAAAAGUAAGGCAAAAAAACACCAAUUGAUUGAUUGAUUCACUAUUAGAAACGAGAUUUAUUUUGGAGC